AUGGCUCAAGUUCCAACGCAAAAGGACGAAAAAGAGAAGAAAAAUGACGAACUCGCCACUGCCAUCCUUAAGGAUAAGGCAAGACCAAAUCGUUUGAUUAUCGAUCAAUCGGAAAAUGAUGACAACUCAACUGUUCUUCUUUCUCAAGCCAAGAUGGACGAGCUCGGACUUUUCCGCGGAGAUAACGUCGUCAUCAAGGGAAAAAAGCGGCGUGAGACCGUCGCCAUCGUUUUGGCUUCAGAUACGUGUGCUAACGAGAAAAUCAAGAUGAACCGUGUUGUUCGUAACAAUUUGAGAAGUCGUCUCGGCGAUGUUGUGAGUUUGAACAGCAUUCAAUUGGAAUACGGAAAGCGCAUCCACGUCCUGCCGAUUGACGAUACCAUUGAAGGGCUAACAGGAAAUGUAUUCGAUGUCUUCCUCAAGCCAUACUUCACCGAAGCUUACCGCCCACUUCACAAGGGAGACAUUUUCUCCGUGCAAGGAGCUCUCCGCAGCGUUGAAUUCAAAGUUGUGGAAACCGAUCCAUCUCCAGCUUGCAUCGUUGCUCCGGAUACGACAAUCCACUACGAAGGAGAACCAAUCAAGCGUGAGGAAGAGGAAGAAGCGCUGAACGAAAUCGGCUACGACGACCUUGGAGGUGUUCGCAAACAAUUGGCUCAAAUCAAGGAAAUGGUGGAGCUCCCACUUCGUCAUCCGCAAUUGUUCAAGGCUAUCGGUGUGAAACCGCCACGUGGAAUUCUUCUAUUCGGACCACCGGGAACUGGAAAGACGAUGAUUGCUCGUGCUGUUGCCAACGAAACCGGCGCUUUCUUCUUUUUAAUCAACGGCCCGGAAAUCAUGUCGAAAAUGUCUGGAGAAUCCGAAUCAAAUUUGAGAAAGGCUUUCGCUGAGUGUGAAAAGAACUCUCCGGCUAUUCUCUUCAUUGACGAGAUUGACGCCAUCGCGCCAAAGAGAGAGAAGGCUCAUGGAGAGGUUGAGAAGAGAAUCGUCUCUCAACUUCUCACUUUGAUGGACGGACUUAAGACACGCGCUCAUGUCGUUGUUAUCGCUGCUACUAACCGCCCCAACUCUAUCGACGGAGCUCUCAGACGCUUCGGAAGAUUUGAUCGCGAGAUUGACAUUGGAAUUCCGGACGCUAUUGGACGUUUGGAAAUUUUGCGCAUUCAUACCAAAAACAUGAAGCUUGCUGACGAUGUCGACCUCGAGCAGGUCGCCAACGAAUGCCACGGCUACGUCGGUGCCGAUUUGGCUUCACUUUGCUCUGAAGCUGCCCUUCAGCAAAUUCGUGAAAAAAUGGAACUUAUUGACCUGGAGGAUGAUACAAUUGAUGCGGAGGUGUUGAAUUCUCUUGCUGUAACCAUGGAGAAUUUCCGAUUUGCUAUGGGCAAGUCUUCGCCUUCUGCUCUUCGUGAGGCUGUCGUCGAAACUCCAAACACUACCUGGGACGACAUUGGAGGUCUUCAGAAUGUCAAGCGCGAGUUGCAAGAGUUGGUUCAAUACCCAGUUGAGCAUCCUGAGAAAUACCUGAAGUUCGGUAUGCAACCAUCUCGUGGUGUGCUCUUCUAUGGACCACCUGGAUGCGGUAAAACUCUUUUGGCUAAAGCUAUUGCCAAUGAAUGCCAAGCUAACUUCAUUUCGAUUAAGGGACCUGAAUUGUUGACAAUGUGGUUCGGAGAAUCCGAAGCCAAUGUUCGUGACGUUUUUGACAAGGCUCGUGCUGCUGCCCCAUGUGUUCUUUUCUUUGAUGAAUUGGACUCGAUUGCCAAGUCUCGUGGAGCUAAUCUUGGUGAUGCUGGAGGUGCCUCCGACCGCGUCAUCAACCAAGUUCUUACUGAAAUGGACGGUAUGAAUGCGAAGAAGAAUGUUUUCAUUAUUGGUGCUACUAACAGACCGGACAUUAUUGAUCCAGCUGUUCUUCGACCGGGACGUCUUGAUCAAUUGAUCUACAUUCCACUUCCGGAUGAAGCUUCCCGUUUGCAAAUCUUCAAGGCUUCGCUCCGUAAAACUCCGCUUGCUCCAAAUCUUGACCUCAAUCACUUGGCUAAGAAUACCGUUGGAUUCUCAGGAGCCGAUUUGACUGAAAUUUGUCAACGCGCUUGCAAGUUGGCUAUCCGCGAAUCGAUUGAGAAGGAAAUCCGCAUCGAAAAAGAGAGACAAGAAAGACGUGCUCGUGGUGAGGAAUUGAUGGAAGACGAUAUCGUUGACCCAGUUCCGGAAAUCACUUGCAAGCAUUUCGAAGAAGCUAUGAAGUUUGCCAGACGUUCCGUCACAGAUAACGACAUUAGAAAGUACGAGAUGUUUGCCCAGACUCUUCAACAGUCACGCGGUUUCGGAAACAACUUCAAGUUCCCAGGACAGUCGGGAACUGAGGGAUCUGGACAGCCAGUUGGUGGAGGUGGAAACAAUGAUGACGAUGAUUUGUAUAACUAA